GUGGCUCCGGACACGCCUGCGCGGCGCGGGGGAUUGUGGGAUCGAGGAGCGGAGCGGCAGUGGGAGGAAAUGGGGUACUCACUGACCUCUGGAGUGAUUCUUGCUGUUGGUGCAAUUCUUGUAACCACUGUAGGAAUUGUUGUGGGACAUUUUGUGAUCAAUAGGAAGAAGAAGCCUCUCAUCACAUUGAUUGAUCCCAAUGAGAAGUAUCUGCUGCGACUCAUAGAUAAGGAGGUUGUGAGUCAUGACACCAGGCGGUUUCGUUUUGCUCUUCCUUCACCAAAACACAUCCUUGGCUUGCCUAUUGGAAAACAUGUGUAUCUCUCUGCAAAAAUCGAUGGGAACCUUGUGGUGAGACCCUACACUCCGGUUACUAGCGAUGACAACAAAGGUUAUGUGGAUCUUGUGGUCAAGGUCUAUUUUAAAGGUGUCCAUCCCAAGUUCCCAGAAGGUGGGAAGAUGUCUCAAUACCUAGAAGAUUUGAGUAUUGGUGACGUCAUUCAUUUCAGAGGACCUAGUGGAUUGCUUCUGUAUGAGGGAAAAGGUAACUUUGCCAUCCAGCCUGAGAAAAAGUCUCCACCAGAACUCAAGUUUGUCAGGAACCUUGGCAUGAUUGCCGGUGGAACUGGCAUCACUCCAAUGCUGCAGCUGAUCCGGGCAAUUAUGAAGGAUCAGGAUGACCCGACACUCUGCUAUUUACUGUUUGCAAAUCAAACUGAAAAAGACAUUCUGCUCCGUGAUGAAUUGGAGGAACUCCAGGCUCAGCAUCCCGAUCGUUUCAAGCUGUGGUACACUGUGGAUAAAGCCCCUGAAGGCUGGGAUUUCAGUGAAGGUUUUGUGAACUCUGACAUGAUGAAGGAGAACCUGCCUGCCCCUGGAGACAACACACUGGUCCUCAUGUGUGGCCCACCUCCCAUGAUCCAGUUCGCCUGCAGCCCCAACCUGGACAAGCUCGGCUAUCCACAGGGAAUGCGCUAUACCUACUAAGAUGGCGCAGGGGGGGGCAGGGGCAGGGGAGCAUUGGUUUGAAAAUGUAAAGGAAGUAUUUGCACUUCAAAUUAUUCAUUAGUCUGACUGACACUAAUGAAAUCUGUUGAAUUAUAUGUGCACUUAAUGCUUAUGCUUUCAGCUAUAUGGAUUCAAUAUUUAUGUCUAUUAAAAUGUGUGUAUUUAAUGUACGAUUCAGUAUAGGAUUGAGAUGGUUAUGUACAUGUUUUAGAAGUUUGAAUGUUUGGGUGCAACAACUCCCCGAAAGUUGGUCGUCUUUUUCUACAGAAAGUUUUCUGGAGGCAAAUUGCUCAAUGAAAUCUGUCCAAGCCAACUAUUUGCUGGAGAUUGUAUAACAUGCUGAAUAUAUAAGCUUUCACCACUUUAAACCAUUUAAAUCUGUCAAUUUUUUAUAUGCACUUCAAACCUUAAUCCUCCACUCGCUGUUUUUCACAUGGCUCCACCACCUUGGCUUCAGUGGUAUUUGCAGCCUCGAGAUGCAGGAUAGCAUUGUAAACCAGUGUCUACUCUGAACAAACCUCCCGGUAAUUAGAACUAGUUGCCUUUCUCACUCUUAAGUCCAUAAGUGUAUCUGGUGAGUGGAUGGGUGGAAGGGGGGGCGCGGAGAACUCAAGUUGCUCUGGAGUCCUGAGGUUGAAGCUCAAGCACUCAUACAGCAGUGAUAGGAGAUUUAUAUGUACACCUGUCAUGUUAACCUAUUAAUUCACAAUUUUUUUUGAAAAGCACCAAAUAUUCUAGGGGAGAUACUAUUCACGGGAUUUUACAGUGAAAUAAUGUUGUCUGGAUUUAAUUUGAAAGCUGCCAUUGAUGUGAGUCUUUCCAUUAUGCAGACUUAGCAUUACGUCUUGUGUGAUUUGGGUGUUUUACAGUGCCUGUCUUGAGUCAUUUACAGCCUUAGCUGGAGUGUUUCCACAAUGAGCACAUGUUGUAAAGCUUACCAGCAUUAUUUUGUGACUUAAGAAAAUAUUUUGGAUGAUUUACUUUGUAAGCAAGUACUCAAAAAGAAUUUGUAUCUUGUUCUGCAUUGUAUCUUAGUUUCAUUUCAUUUUAAUUUACUGGGUUGUAGAACUUUAAAUCACUUGAAUUUCAUGGAUUUGUACUCUAGUCCUCAGUGUUUGGAAAAACAGUGACCCAUCCAAAUGCUCUAAUGCCUGGUUAUAUUGUGCUUUAAUGACAGUUUACCUGGAUUACAAGCUAUUUCUGUGAUGUGCAGCACAGUUUGUGAAAAAAAAGAUGGAGCCUGGUUACAUUAAGGUGUGAUUUUGCCAGCACCAUGGUUCACAUUGCUAUGGUAUGAAUUCAGCCACUACAUAUAGUAUUCCAAUUCUGAUUGGAAAUAAAAAAAUCGGUCAUGCACUCUAUGGCAGUUUGUGGGUCAUUGCCGUGUGCAAAAUGUCUGCUGUGUUUCGCCCACAAAUAAAGUCAGUCCACUUUAGAGUAGGAAUGUACUUCUGUGAAAGUGCUUUGAAACGUCUCAACAAUGUGAUAAGACGCUGUAUCUAAUGCAAGAAUGAUUAUUAUUAUAUAACUGUUCCUUUCAAAGUUCCUGGGCAGUCUUUAAGGGUCCACAUAAUACUAUAAAGAGUUGGUUAGACAGCAAGAUGAGCUCUGUAUGUUAUUGCCAGCUCUGCCUAUUCUGAUUAGCUACACGUUAAUCUCAAUACCGAUGGAAAAGCUGCCAUUUUCAGCAGUACCAAUUGGACUUGUAUAGUGAACACCUUAAAUCACAUCUCCCCAAACUACUUGAGUUCCAUCCUAGUGUAUUGUCAUUUCAGCACAUUACAAGCCAGGCAAUGAGACAAUAAACAGAUCUAUUUACAAAUUUGAAUGUUGAAAUAAUCAUUCACAGGUAUGGUCUUGCAAAUUUUUUUNCAGUUAACCGCGAUCAAACACCAAAUAAUUCUGAUUUGUGUUCUUGAAAUGCAAGCUGAUAUUGCAAAGGAGGGAACUAAAUCAUUUUGGACAAUUCUGUAUAUUGUAUUGCUUUGGAUCUUCAGAUUGUAUUUUGAAGUUUAUAGCAUUAAAUAUGGUGAUUUAAA